AUGCAUCGACUGGCUACUUGGAGACAGCUUUGGGCAGCAACGCUGGCAGCGUUGCUCCUCGCAGCGACACACGCCAGCGCCGCUGUUGUAUGCACCAACACCACAACGACAACUCAGGUCCAGCUUGCUGCAGACUUUCUAUUUAUCAUUGAUAUUUCGGGGAGUAUGUGUCCGUACCAGGCCCAAAUAGCCAGUGGUCUCUCAGGCUUUGUCAAAAGCCUGAGCAACGGCACCGCCGCAGCUGCCGCCUUGAAUGCAAUCGGGUGCAGUGGUGGAGGACAAGAGGCCGCGCCCUGGUAUCAGACCGCCUACGUGUCUUCAUCCACUCCAUGCACGCUCUCGUGGAGGAGCGGAAACAAUACGCAGAAGCAAAUCAUCUUAGUGACGGAUGAAGAUAGUGAUCUACCCACCUUGUCCGCCUAUCGCGUCAAUGGACAAAACUCGCAGCAGUAUGGUUGCGCUGCGAAAUACUCCCAGACUGCAAACUUGGUGAUUCAAAACAACGCAUUGGUCUCCAUUUUGAUCAAGUCUGACUUUAAUGCCAACACUAACGGCCCCAUAAGUACAUUCGACAGCACGAAUGCGUACUACAAAUCCUUGGCUUCCAAAUCUUCACCACCUCCAGCAACAAGUACUGUUCAUACAUCACUUGCGCAGUACGGUGAUCCUGGGGCUGCUGUUCAAUCGAGCGACUACAGUAACUUCAACGCCACUGCAACGUUGAGAAAUCUUCAGGGUGAUGCUGCUGCAAAUCGUCAAUUCAACAUCGUGCAUCACAGUUCCAGACCCCUCGCCGUCACCAAGUCCAUCACCCAGUCCAUCACCCAGUCCAAGUCCAUCUCCAUCGCCUUCUCCAUCGCCUUCUCCAUCACCAAGUCCGUCUCCGUCUCCAUCGCCAAGUCCUUCCCCUUCACCUUCGCCCUCUCCAAGUCCAUCUCCAAGUCCAUCUCCAAGUCCAUCUCCAUCUCCAUCUCCAUCUCCAUCUCCAUCUCCAUCCCCAAGUCCAUCUCCAUCUCCUUCACCAUCUCCCUCUCCAUCUCCAUCUCCAUCCCCAAGUCCAUCUCCAUCUCCUUCACCAUCUCCCAGUCCAUCCCCAUCUCCGUCUCCCUCACCAUCUCCCAGUCCGUCCCCAUCUCCCAGUCCGUCCCCAUCUCCAAGCCCUUCGCCAUCUCCUUCCCCAAGUCCGUCCCCAUCGCCCUCACCUUCACCUUCACCCAGUCCAAGUCCGUCCCCAUCUCCAUCCCCAUCUCCAUCUCCAUCACCUUCACCAUCUCCAUCACCUUCACCAUCUCCAUCACCUUCACCAUCUCCAUCUCCAUCACCUUCACCUUCCCCGAGUCCGUCCCCAUCGCCCUCUCCAAGUCCAUCUCCAUCUCCAUCUCCAUCUCCAAGUCCAUCUCCCUCUCCAUCUCCAUCUCCGUCACCGUCACCGUCUCCAAGUCCUUCACCAUCUCCAUCUCCAUCUCCUUCACCAUCUCCCAGUCCAUCCCCAUCUCCGUCUCCCUCACCAUCUCCCAGUCCGUCCCCAUCUCCCAGUCCGUCCCCAUCUCCAAGCCCUUCGCCAUCUCCUUCCCCGAGUCCGUCCCCAUCGCCCUCUCCAAGUCCAUCACCCAGUCCAAGUCCGUCCCCAUCUCCCUCACCAUCACCAUCUCCAUCUCCAUCGCCAUCUCCAUCCCCAUCUCCAUCCCCAUCCCCAUCUCCAUCACCUUCGCCAUCUCCAUCACCUUCACCAUCUCCAUCACCUUCACCUUCCCCGAGUCCGUCCCCAUCGCCCUCUCCAAGUCCAUCUCCAUCUCCAUCCCCAUCUCCAUCUCCAUCCCCAUCUCCGUCUCCCUCACCAUCUCCCAGUCCGUCCCCAUCUCCCAGUCCGUCCCCAUCUCCAAGCCCUUCGCCAUCUCCUUCCCCAAGUCCGUCCCCAUCGCCCUCACCUUCACCUUCACCCAGUCCAAGUCCGUCCCCAUCUCCAUCCCCAUCUCCAUCUCCAUCACCUUCACCAUCUCCAUCACCUUCACCAUCUCCAUCACCUUCACCAUCUCCAUCUCCAUCACCUUCACCUUCCCCGAGUCCGUCCCCAUCGCCCUCUCCAAGUCCAUCUCCAUCUCCAUCUCCAUCUCCAAGUCCAUCUCCCUCUCCAUCUCCAUCUCCGUCACCGUCACCGUCUCCAAGUCCUUCACCAUCUCCAUCUCCAUCUCCUUCACCAUCUCCCAGUCCAUCCCCAUCUCCGUCUCCCUCACCAUCUCCCAGUCCGUCCCCAUCUCCCAGUCCGUCCCCAUCUCCAAGCCCUUCGCCAUCUCCUUCCCCGAGUCCGUCCCCAUCGCCCUCUCCAUCUCCAUCUCCAUCUCCAUCUCCAUCUCCAUCUCCAUCUCCAUCUCCAUCACCUUCGCCAUCUCCAUCACCUUCACCAUCUCCGUCCCCAUCUCCAAGCCCUUCGCCAUCUCCUUCCCCGAGUCCGUCCCCAUCGCCCUCUCCAUCUCCAUCACCUUCACCAUCUCCGUCCCCAUCUCCAAGCCCUUCGCCAUCUCCAUCACCAUCUCCUUCACCAUCUCCCUCACCAUCGCCAUCUCCAAGUCCAUCACCCAGUCCAAGUCCGUCCCCAUCUCCAUCUCCCAGUCCAUCUCCAUCUCCCUCGCCAUCUCCGAGCCCUUCGCCAUCCCCGUCCCCAUCACCUUCCCCAAGUCCAUCUCCCUCACCAUCGCCAUCUCCGUCUCCGUCACCUUCUCCAAGUCCCUCACCCUCUCCAUCGCCAUCACCCUCGCCAUCACCCUCGCCAUCUCCGAGUCCCUCUCCAUCACCGUCACCCAGUCCAAGUCCGUCACCCUCUCCAUCGCCAUCCCCAUCACCCUCGCCAUCACCACCUCCCAGUCCAUCUCCAUCUCCAUCGCCUUCUCCAUCACCAAGUCCGUCUCCGUCUCCAUCGCCAAGUCCUUCCCCUUCACCUUCGCCCUCUCCAAGUCCAUCUCCAAGUCCGUCACCAUCUCCAUCUCCAUCUCCAUCUCCAUCUCCGUCUCCAUCUCCCUCUCCAAGUCCCUCACCCUCUGCAUCACCCUCACCAUCACCAUCCCCGAGUCCAUCGCCAUCGCCAUCGCCAUCUCCAUCUCCGUCUCCCUCACCUUCACCAUCACCGUCCCCAUCCCCCAGUCCGUCUCCAUCUCCAUCUCCAUCACCAAGCCCAUCUCCAUCACCAAGCCCAUCUCCCUCUCCUUCUCCAUCGCCGUCUCCAAGUCCUUCGCCAUCAGCAUCACCAUCUCCCUCUCCAAGUCCAUCUCCAUCUCCAUCACCAAGCCCAUCGCCGUCUCCAAGUCCCUCUCCGUCUCCAAGUCCCUCUCCGUCUCCAAGUCCCUCUCCGUCUCCAAGUCCCUCUCCGUCUCCAAGUCCCUCUCCGUCUCCAAGUCCCUCUCCGUCUCCAAGUCCCUCUCCGUCUCCAAGUCCCUCUCCGUCUCCAAGUCCCUCUCCGUCUCCAAGUCCCUCUCCGUCUCCGUCUCCCUCACCUUCUCCUUCACCCUCGCCCUCGCCCUCGCCCUCGUCAGCCCCAGCUCCUUCAAUCACCUCUAUCUCACUGGCGGAUACAGCCUCAUUGUUCGUGGUGACGUGGUUGUCAGCAAUGGUGCCAUUGGGGGGAGAAUCGCAGUCGGCGGAAGCAUCGUAUCCAACAACCUGGAUGUUGGUCGCUCCCUUUACGACGGCCAGUUUGGUUCGUGCGACCAAGUUACUGGCUUCCUCUCGCAGAACCAACUCCCGGUCUAUCUUGCCAACUCGGCGAUUGUCGAUCAGAGCGUCAACAAGUCGAUGGUGGACGCGCGAUUCUCGACCGACUCGGCCCUGACGGUAUCGAACGGCUAUUUUGCGAGCGGACAGAACGCCACCGAAUCAGUAUCGUUUAACAAGACCGACUUCACCGCCACCUUCUCGUAUCUCUCGGCGCUCUCCUCAAGCCUCGCCGCCGUCUCGGCCAAUGUCCAGUCCUUCCUCAACGGAACCGACCUGACCCUUGAUCUCCGCAACGCCAACGCCUCCUCCAACGUGUUUGCCGCCUCGCUCUCGGCCGCAAAUCUGCAGCAGGCCCAGCGGAUCGUGCUUUUAGGCGAAGAUGUUCUGACCUCGUGUCCGUCGGCCACCCUGAUUAUCAACGUUGGCGGCACCAGUGUCUCGGUCGGCAGCUGCGACAUGUCGGUCCUGGAGCCGUAUCGCAGCCGAGUGAUCUUCAACCUUGUGGCGGCCACCAGCCUCCAGCUGGCCAACGUCGAGCUCCAAGGAAUGAUUCUGGCCCCGAGUGCUGAUGUGGCUUCGCCGUCGGGCGUCGUCUAUGGCAACGUCUAUGCCAACAGCUACAAGAACGACAUUGGGUCGACCCAGGCGGCCAUGACGAUCGAGUACCAGCCGUUUGUGGGCUGCAUCCCGACCGAGAGCGUUCCGACAUCGACGGGUCCGUCGAUCGGGGUGAUUACGGCGUCGGUGGUGGGCGGCGUCGCUGCCGUGGGAGCCGCUGGAGCUGCAGCAUUCUUCUAUCGACCGGGAUCGGUGUCGUCCAGCGUCAUGAACAGCGGCGUCGGCGACGCACUGUCGAAUGCCGCACGGGCCAAUCCGCUGUACGAAUCGCCAGGCGGCGUCUUUGACAAUCCGCUGUAUGUCGGGGCGUAG